GUCUCAUUCAGACUGAUAGAUGCAUUCAGACUUCGACAGAGUUGCAGUGAGCACAGCAGUGUCUUCAGUCAAAGAGAACCGACAGGUGACCAGAAAAGACAACUUUGUAAUCGGCACUUGGGAAUAUCUGUGGGAAUUUGGUGUCAGGCUGAAACUUCAAUAAGAAUACAAAUGAUGACACUGUCCUGGAGAACAUAUUUUGUCUUAUUUGGAAUGAUGGUGUGCUCUGAGGCCUUCCUCCCAGAGAACAUCAAGGAGUCUUUUGAACAUCUGAAUAAUCACUAUGUAAGAAAAAAUCCCAACCCUGACAAACUAUAUGACGGACACUCCCUCUUUCUAGACAAGAUGAAGGACAAAGGAUUUGAGGAGGGUGAACAGAAGAUCCUCAUGAUUUUUAUUCUCGAUGUAUACAACAAAAUUUUCAACCAGAUGGAGAAUGAGACUCAGGAUGAAAACUUGAAGCAUGACUUGCAUGAAGUUAAAGAAGAAAUUAACAAACUGAGGAAAGGCUACUUCUCUGACAAACAUGAUAACAUCAAGAAAUAUUUAACUGAGCUGCUAGCUCUUAAGGAAAAUGACCCACGGAUCCAGAGCAAAGCGAUAUUUGAGCUGAAGACUGUCUACAACAAGGCAUCGAUCUUGGGGACCUCCUCAGCAAAUAACCGCCGGAGACGACGUCAUGCUAAACACUCAAAAAGGCAACGUUCUUAGCAGGAAAAUUUAUUUCUUGGAAUGUUACCUACGAGGUGCUUUACGGUGUAGAUGUAUUUAUUCAAAACGAGUAACUCAUUUUAUAUUUUUGUGAUACUGACAUAAUUUAUUAACACUGUAAAAUUUGAAAUAAUUUAUUUUAUGUUUUUUUUUGUUAUUUAUUUUGUGAAAGAAUGAAAAUUUUCACGUAUUUCAAUUGGUUAUGCCUUGUUAAGGCAUAUGUUGUAAGGUCUAUGACUAAAUAAACUGCAAGUAUUUAUUAUAAAAAUGGUUCGAAUUC